AUGGCGGAGUCGACAAGGCAUAUACCGGAGUGCUGGGGUCAUCGUGGGGCCUCUGCUGCGUUCCCCGAGAACACGCUUGCGAGUUUCGAGCGCGCCAUCCGGGAUGGUGCUGAGGGGAUCGAGAGCGAUGUCCAUGUUUCGCUCGAUGAUGUAGUUAUAAUGUUCCAUGACCCGACCUUGGAUAGGACGACCGAUGGGCAUGGGAAGAUCAAGGAGCAGAAUUGGUACGGGUUCAAAGGCAUGCAGUACCUCCGGACACUCAAGGGGCCACAACAAUGUAUUCCUACGUUUGCGGAGACGGUCGAGCUGCUCAUGAAGCCCGAAAACCGGCAUGUUACCUUCGACAUCGACGUGAAAGUGUUCAACGAACCCCUGCACCUCUUCACUCUCAUGCACGAGGUCAUUUCGACGCAGCCGAACUGGGAGGUCGACCUUGCGCCUCGGAUCCUGCUCGGCCUGUGGCACCCGCGUUUCAUCCCGCACGCGAAGACGAUCCUGCCGUACUGUAAACGCUCAUUCAUUGGAGUCAGCAUGGCAUGGGCGCGGGAGUACUUCUGGGAGAGCUGCGAGGUGUUCUCGAUCAACUUCAGCAUUCUUGCGACCUGGGAGGGGGCGCGGUUCAGGGAGGAAUGUAAGCAGGCUGGCAAGAAGGUGGCAGUGUGGACGGUGAACGACCCUGCGCAGAUGCUUGAGGCUGUUCAAUGGGGCGUGGAUGUCAUCCUCACGGACAAGACCAAGGAUUGGCUCGAUCUGCGCGAGACGCUGCGAACCGACUACGACAAGAUCAUGGAAGGCCACAGCAGCACGUUCUUGUGGACGUCGCCGCGGUACUACUUCCUAUCGCGCAAGCUAUGGGAGACCCUGGCGUCAUACUACCUCCAGAAGUUCGGUGGCCCGGCCAAGAAGGUAGACGGAUUGGAGGACACCCCCGAUACGGCUGUCCCACCUGGCAAAGCCGCUGCCGUGAAGGCUUGAUUCGAGAUGACUCCGUGGGUCACCAGAGUGCGCUAUCGCCACGAUCAUUCCCAUCUCCUCGUGUACACCGGACUGUUUGGCGCCGUGUCUUGUAGUUUGUUUUCAUGUACGGCAGAUACCUAGAUAUUUUGUAGAGCAGUGCAGGAUGUGUGAGGCAUACCCGAAAUUGAC